AUGGAUAGAAGUAACCAUUCAUCAGGUGCAUCCAUGGAAUUCCUGCUGAUUGGAUUCUCCAACCUGCACCACCUGCGAGGUCUCCUCUUUUUCAUCUUCCUCAUGGUGCACUUGGCUACUCUGGCAGGAAACCUUCUCAUUCUCUUGGCUGUGGCUGCUGAGCAUUCCCGUCCACCCAUGCUCUUCUUCCUUUGCCAGCUCUCUGCGAUCGAGCUCUGUUACACCCUUGUCAUUGUUCCCAAGACACUGGCUGACCUCAUUUCCCCAGGGGGGCGUACCAUUUCCUUCGUGGGCUGUGCCACCCAAAUGCACUUCUUUGUGGCUCUGGGAGGGGCAGAAUGCUUCCUCUUGGCCGCCAUGUCCUACGAUCGCUACGCAGCCAUCUGCCGGCCACUGAACUACACAGCCAUGAUGAGCCAGGAGUUUUGCCUUCAGCUGGCUGUGAUCUGCUGCUUUGGUGGCUUUGCCGUCUCACUGGGCCUGACCGUGGCUGUCUUCCGCCUGCCUUUCUGCAGCUCCCGCCGCAUUGAUCAUUUCUUCUGUGACAUCCCUGCUCUGCUCCACCUGGCCUGCACAAAGAGUUAUACCAGUGAACUCCCCCUUCUGAUCGCCUGCAUCCUCCUCCUCUUACUCCCUUUUCUGCUCAUCUUAGUCUCCUACACUUACAUCACAGCGGCUGUGAUGCGGAUCCGUGACUCUGCCGGCCGGGGAAAGGCAUUCUCAACCUGUGCCUCACAUCUGGCUGUUUCUCUCUUGCACUACGGCUGCGCCACUUUCAUGUAUGUCCGGCCCAAGUCCAAUUACUCACCAAGUCGGGACAAGAUGGUGUCUCUGGUCUACACCAAUAUUACCCCCUUGCUUUACCCUCUGAUUUACAGUCUCCGCAACAAAGAAAUCAAAAGGGCGGUAAAGAAACUGCUGCAGAAGAAAGUGCCCCAGCCAAACUGGAACAUCUUUAACUAUAAGUCUGGGCUCUGA